AUGGUUUUGGAGGCUGAUAGUUUGGCUCAGUUCCAGGGUUUUAAUGGGGGGGGGUUGGGGGUGGUUGUGUGGGGGGGGGGUUUUGGGGGGGGGGUGGGUUUGUGGGGGGGGGUGGUGGUGGUUGGGGGGUUGACUGGGCAAAGCGACCCCAACACGUCGAAACGGGGGGGGGGGGGGGGGGGGGGGGGGGGGGGGGGGGGGCAAGACUGGGGGUACACCGGCGAAAUAGCACUUACAACCAAACCGGGUGAAGACAGCAAAACCUGUAAGCACGGGUGGGGGGGGGGGGGUGCAGGACCAGAGGGACACAGGCAACCCGGGACAAGAUGGGGUGGGGGGUGGGGGAUAUAUAGGCGCGCACCGAGGAAAAAACCCCACACGGGGCGAGGCAAACACUACUCCAAGGCAAACAAAAGGGGGGGCAGGGAGGGGGGGGGGGGGCGAAAUACCCGCGAAAUGGGGGGGGGGGGGGGGGGGGGGGGGGGGGGGGGGGGGGGGGGGGGGCCCCCCAACACGGGGGGAGAACAGAGGAGGAACCGCCCCCGGCGCGGGAAUAGACACCACAGGGGGGGGUGGGGGGGGGGGGGGGGGGGGGGGGGCACGUGA